AUGCCAAAUCAUGCCCCCAUGACGAACCGUGAACCGAACGGCUCACGAACACAACUGCUUGUACAACACCAAACAUCAUACAACACUCCCAUAUAUCCUCAUUUUAACGGUACAGGAUCUCUGAUACUGUUUCCUAUACGAGCUAUAAACAGGACAAUGCCGCAAGCAGGAAGUUACGAAUACUGA